AUGACUUCCACCGAACAAGAACAACAACAACCCUCACCAACAUCAACAACAAUCAUGCCCGCCUCACCCUCGCGAACAGCAACCCUCAUCUCGAACCUCUCUUCCGUGGCCUCGCGUGUCAGCACCGCCGCCCUGAACGCCAACCGCCCCGCCACAAAGUCCAUCCGCCUCAUCGCCGUCUCAAAACUCAAGCCCGCAGCCGAUGUCCUCGCCCUCCAUAACCCCCCUACAAAUCACCUCCACUUCGGCGAAAACUACCUCCAGGAACUUCUCGAGAAAUCAAAGCUCCUCCCGCCCAGUAUCCGGUGGCACUUCAUUGGCGGGCUGCAGUCGAACAAGUGCGUCAUGCUCGCGCGUGACGUCCGCGGGCUCUGGGCCGUCGAGUCCGUCGAUAGCGAGAAGAAGGCCUCGCUGCUGGAUAGAGGGUGGGGGGAGCGGUCUGAGGAAGUCCGUGGCGUGGCCCAUGAGGAGCGGCUGCGUGUGUUUGUGCAGGUGAACACCUCCGGCGAGGAGAACAAGGCUGGGGUGGACCCUGUGGCCGGUGCGGUGCCGCUUGCGCGGUUCAUCCGGGAGAAGUGUCCGCGGUUGAGGCUGCAGGGGGUGAUGACUAUCGGGGCGAUUGCACGGUCCAAGGCUACGACGCCGGAGACGGAGAAUGAGGAUUUUGUGUGUCUGCGCGAGACGCGGGAUCGCAUCGUUAGGGAGCUGGGGCUGCAGGGUGCCGAUGCCGAGCUGGAGCUGAGUAUGGGCAUGAGUGAGGACUUUGAGGGCGCGAUCAAGCUGGGGAGUGAUGAGGUGCGUGUCGGGACGACGAUUUUCGGUGAGCGGCCGCCCAAGUCCGAGGCAAAGGUGGUGUAG